AUGUUCUCCAACUUCCUUCCUGCACAAGCGCGCACUUCUCGAUCUCAAACUCCACUAGCAAUCAUGACCCAAAAGCCGAAUGUGGGCUCCACCACAUCCGCCGCCCGAAGAAGCGUCAUGGCGAUGGACACUGGCCGGAUUGAUUGGAAGGAGGCUUUUCUGUUCUUCUACUGGGAUGCGAAGAAACUCCGCACUCGCCCCAAGGAGGGCCACAUUAUCGAUAGGUUGAUUGUCGAGUUCUUCCAGCAAACGAGGCCGUCCAUGGCGGAUGAGGGCCCUGUUCUCAAUUGGGAUAUGACCCUAUUCAGACUUAUGAAUGCGCUACGCAGACAGCUCGGUUUUGACACAACAUCCGAGGUCACUCCUUCAACAUACCUUUUUCUCGGCCAAAUCGAUCCUCGGGACGCUUGGAACCGACCGCCGUUUGUAGACUGGGUGCGCCUGGAAACUGAAACCCAACUUCUUUUCACCUACGCGAACAACACCAUUACCCGCUUCCUCGAUCACCUAGUCGUUGAAGCGUACGGGCGACAACACGCGCCAUGGACGUUGUACAACCCGUAUCUCAAAACGUUCCAAGAGGCCCAUGACAUUGAAAAUUGGAGCGUUCCACUACCAUUCGGAUAUGCUGCUGAGAUGCUCUCGCACAUCUCAUGGCCAGAGGGUCCCCAGAUCGCGGAAAGCGCUGGGCUAGUGCAUUCCCAGAGCCACGAGAUCCGUUUCGGCAUCUCCGUCGGACCGACCCACCGCUCAGCCAUACUUGCCUUCCCCACUGAAGAGCUAACGAACACACGGAUAAUGAAUUUGACAAAGCGCUACUAUACGGCUAUGCUCCUCUGGGUGGGUGAGAUGAUCACGGGAGGGGCUAUUGAAUCACUCCCCGGCCUGCUGAACGACCAGUUCAAGGGCUGGUUGAAGGCGAAUGACGACGAAGACAACGAUGAGUCUCUGGCUGUGUCCAAGAGCCUUUGGGAAGCAUACAGGAAGGUCGGCUUGCAACCAUUGCAUGGCGAUGUGAUCAGUGCCUCUAGCGGUUCAUCGGGCCGCCCGUGGACUGAUGGAACCUCUGAAAGUUUUGUCGAGGCGAAGAAGCCGGCUAGGAGUAGUUACUUUCAAGCUAAUUAG